CUAGCGGGCAGUAGUUGCACUAAAUUUAUGAAACGUCAACAUGAUCGUGAUGGAAUUUGUUAAUCAAAUUGAAAUAUUCCACUAAAUUGUGUAUUAUAAAUGCUAAUAAGUAUUUGUUUGAUCAAAAAUUACACAAGUGAGUUGUAUCAGUACAAACAGUGCAGUGCAAAUAUGUAGUUAAGCUGACGAUCGCGCGCAGCAACGUAAUUUUCUAAGUGUUGAUAGUUCUCAGCUGUACUUGAAGUAAUUGGCAGAAUGUCGCUCCCUGGAAAUGGAAUCUUCGUGGUGCAAGGGGAGAUGGCGAUGCUAGUCACGGCGAUGCGGCGGAGCACUCGCUGGGGCUCUCAUUCCUUCCCUAAUGAGGAAUACGACGUUCUUAUGCGUACCUUUCAAGAUCUCAAAACUAUACUGAACCAAGUAGAUGACCUGAGAUUGCUGGACCCUCCGACGUAUCUGGGCCCGUUUCUAGAAGUUAUUAGAAGCAAGGAGACAACAGGACCUGUGACUAGCCUUGCUCUGUCUGCUAUAAACAAGUUUUUAUCAUAUGGAUUGAUAGAUCCGACGCAUCCCAGUGUGCCAGCCACCGUGGAAGACAUCGCUGACGCGGUUACACACGCACGGUUUGUCGGCACAGACCAUUCGUCCGACGGUGUUGUGCUUAUGAAAAUAUUACAGGUUUUGCGUACACUAAUGCUGAGUCCGGAAGGCGCCAUGCUGACAGACGACAGUGUAUGCGAGAUCAUGCUGAGCUGUUUCCGCAUCUGCUUCGAAACUAGACUCACAGAGCUCCUCCGCCGCAACGCCGAGCAAUGCCUCCGCGACAUGACGCAGCUCAUCUUCAUGCGUCUGCCGCAGUUCCCCGCCGAGGAUAACGCCGCUUUUGCUGCUGCUGCCCUCUCGCUGAAUAAGAGAGACAAGCCUAAGAAGAAGAUUACGACGGCUAAUAGUACAAACUCACUGGAAAGGAAAUCAUCAAUGACGGAACCUGCCAGCCCGACUAUUGACCCAGAAACGGACGCGGAAGCCAAAAAGGCUGACAGUCUUCGAAAUAGUCAAGACAAAAACCUAAUAAACGAAGCGGAAAUCACCAUAGAGCCCGUGGAAUCGAUCAAGAGCCCUAAGAAACAUACACGCCACUCCUCUAUGGAUCUGGCGACCACAGACAAUUCUUCUAUAGCACAACUUGUGGAGAAGUGCGUUAAUGCCGACGAGACGGAGACAGAGAGAGCGGCGGAGGAACCUGCAGAAGUUUUACCCCCAGAAUCAGACCCCGACGGCACAACUCCAUCUAAACCAGCCGAAGAAUCAGAGAAACUAGAGGAAUACGUGAACCACCGAGGAAUACGGUUCACACAGCAAGACGAGGCUCUAGACCUACAGCCUUAUGGGCUGGCAUGCGUUCGAGAGGUUUUUAGGUUCAUAAUAUCGCUGUGUAACCCCCUGGACACCCAGAACACAUCUGGUAUGGUACACCUCGGGCUUUGCUUGGCUGGUACCGCCCUAGAAGUGGGCGCAGAUCAGUUGGCUCGGUACCCUUCGCUUUUGUACUUGGUGAAGGAUCCACUCUGUAGGAAUCUGCUUAGUUUGCUGAGCACAGAGCGGAUAUCCAUAUUCGCCUUGGACCUCCAAAUAACCUUCCUACUCUUCGAGGCCCUCCGAUUCCACCUCAAAUUCCAAAUGGAGGCCUUCUUCAAAAAAGUCAUAGAAAUAGUAUCCAUGGACGUCUCCAAAGCGAACUACGAACUCAAAGAAAUACAACAUCUAACACUAGAAAGCUUAGCACAGAUAUUCAGAAUACCUGGGAUUUGUAACGAGUUAUAUUUGAACUAUGACUGCGAUAUAUACUGUAUGAAUGUGUUUGAAGAAAUGACUAAAUUGUUAUCAAAGAACGUUGUAUCGGCAACGGCUUAUAAUAUACAUACGUUGUCGUUGGAGGCGCUGAUGACUAUAAUAGAAGCUAUUGAAAUGAGUAAUCCGAAGGAGAGCGAGACGGAAGUUGUGGUUGAAGAGGAGGAAAAAGAAAGGAAAUGCGGUCAUGUCAGCCUAGAGUUAGGCGGUAUGGAGGACUCAGUGAGUGAUAUAACACAUGACAUAAGUCAGUAUUUCGGCUGCGGGCGGACCGGGCGGCAUAAGAUAGUGUCAGACGUGCCUUCAGAAGCUGAGUUGGACAAUAUUAGGAACAUGAAAAAGUGGGUGACGCAAGGCACGGAACUCUUCAACCAGAAGCCAGAGCGAGGCAUCGAGUACUUACAAGAACACGGAGUCCUGAAAACACCCCUGGAUCCUGAAGAAGUUGCGCUCUUCCUAAGAGAAAAUCCGGAUUUGGAUAAGAAAAUGAUCGGUGAAUACAUCUGCAAGCGCUCAUCCCGCGACGAGGAUGACGGCUACAGUGUCCUAGGGGCCUUCGCAUGCAGCUUCGACUACGCCGGGCUCCGCAUCGACCAGGCGCUCCGGCUGUACCUGGAGACCUUCCGUCUGCCGGGGGAGGCGCCGCUGAUCUUUCUGGUUAUGGAACGCUUCGCUGAACGCUGGCAUACCACAAACGGCGAGCCAUUCGCCAACACCGACGCAGCCUUCCGCCUGGCCUACGCCGUCAUCAUGCUCAACAUGGAUCAACACAACCACAACGCUAAGAAACUCAACGUACCCAUGACCGUUGAGGAUUUCGUCAAGAACCUGCGAGGGUGCAACGGUACUGGGGACUUCGACCAGUCUAUGCUGGAAGCCAUCUUCCAUUCCAUCAAGAACGAAGAGAUGGUAAUGCCAGCAGAACGCGUGGGCCCGGUGCGCGACGCGUACCUGUGGCGCGUGCUGCAGCGCCGCGGCAACACGCCCGCCGCGCGCUACCGCGCCGGCCACAUCGCGCGCCUGCUGCCCGUCGCCGCGCCGCCACAGAUAACAGCGCUCUCGGCAGCCUUCGAGCGCUCCUCCCCCCCAACCGCCGACGACAUUCUAACCAAUAACCUCCAAAACGCCGCUAUACUAGCGCUCUGCGGGAUCGAGCGCUGCGCCGCGCUACUGUCGCGCCUGCCGCCGGUGCCGCCCACGCUGACCGUGGACACGUUGUUGCUGACGCUGUGCAAAUUCACCGCGCUGCUGCCGCCGCAGCCGCACAUGCAUCAUCACGCUAUAGGAGUAACACUAGGCCAAUCAACGAAAGCCCAACUAGCGCUACGCCGCGCAUGCGCCGUGGCCGCUCGCCACGCAGACUGCAUCCGCGACGCGUGGCGACAUCUGUUGGAGAUCGUGCAUACUUUGUAUCUAGGGAGAUUGCUGCCUAAGAGCCUAGUAGAAGCGGAGGAUUACCUGUCAUCCACUGGCACUGUAUCGCUCAUCCGUGAUGUCAACAGAGGCUCAGAAGCUGGUCUACUCUCUAGUCUAUACUCCUACAUAGCGCUGGGAGAAACAGGCAUGCGCGCCCCCACGCCACACGAGAAGGCGCUAAUAGACGCAGCAACGGAGUGUGUAGAGAAAUGUAACCUUCCCGGCCUGCUCAUAACCGAGACCAAGUUCCUUCAGAUAGAAAGUUUGAAGGAAUUGAUUCACGCCAUGGUGACAGUGGGCGCUCCGCCGGACGCCGAAGCGCUGCAAGCGAACCCUCAGGCCGAAGACGUAACCGUAUUCUUCUUGGAGUUAUUAGGCCAUACACUUAUACAGAAUAGGGACCGCGCCCUCGAAGUAUGGCCGGAAGCUUCCUCCCACUUCACCUUGGUGCUGGCGUGGGCGGCCACCCGCCCGGCGCCCACGCCGCGCCGCGCGCUCACCGCGCUGCUGCGCACCUGCGCGCGCCUCAUGCGCUCCGAGCUGUGCUGCGCCAGCGCGCUCCGCCACCUGCACACGCUGUUCCAGCUGCCGCACACCACCUUCACCACACACGCUACCGUGAUAUCGUGCGGCCUCUACGAGUUGGUGAAAACGUCCGCCCAAAACGUCCACACCGCAGAGGAAUGGGAGAUUGUGUUCUCACUCCUCUGUGCCGCCGGUGCUGGCGCCUGGCCCGCGCACAUAGCCCCCUCUGCCAACAACACUGCUUCGAGUCGAUCUGAAGGUUCAGAGGAAGAGGGAGAGAGACGGCCUACGUCGGCCUCGUCUGAUAGCGAAUUGUCUCAAUCUCCACGCGCUCACGGAUGGAUAUUGGUGAAAAACGAAGCAACAACUCCUGAGUCAGACUUCGACACAGACCAACUAACGUUCCUACCGUACAAACGUGCAGCUCUAGCGCGCUGUUGCGAGGCGCUGGCGCUCGUGGUGCGCGACGUCGCGCAUGUGACACCCCACAACUGCCGCGCCGCCGUGCGCGCUGUAAGGAUAUUCGCGCACGCUACAUUAACUAGAGCUAAAAAGCAGAAGGCCCGCGAAGGCCGAAAGCGGCCGAGCUCCGCGCGGCGAGCGAGCUACGAGGGCAGCAGCGAGGACGAGGACGACACGCAGGACCAAUACCACAUGGUCAGUCUGCAGCUCCUAGACUUAAUGCACACCCUACACAGCCGGACAGCGCAAAUAUUCAAGUGGUGGCGAGACGAGGCCGACCAGGAGCAAGGUGCUGAAGAAUACGACCUAUGGGAAGUCGCAUGGAAGCCUCUGCUACAAGGCAUCGCCGAAUUUUGUACAGACAGAAGGAAACAAGUGGCUAAUAGCGCUAUAGCGUACCUCCAGCGAGCGCUGCUGGCGCCCGGCCUGCACGCGCUCGGCGGAGCGCGCUGGGAGGCGUGCUUCGCCAGAGUUCUCUUCCCGCUGCUGGACGCCGUGGCCGCGCCGCACGCCAGCCGCGCGAACACUAUACUCUGCAAGGUGUUCCUGCACCACCUCUCCGCUUUAUCACCACGACCAACGUUCGGCGCGCUCUGGCUCCGCAUAGUGUCCGUCCAGCGGACCCUAAUAUCGACCCCCUUGGACCCCCUCACCGAAGCGGCGCUCGAGUCCCUCAAGAACAUGAUACUGGUCAUGCACUCAGUGCGGGUGAGACAGAUAGUGCAGUUGUCCCACUCUAGCAUAGUCUCCGUCCAGCGGACCCUAAUAUCGACCCCCUUGGACCCUCUCACCGAAGCGGCGCUCGAGUCCCUUAAGAACAUGAUACUGGUCAUGCACUCAGUGCGGGUGAGACAGAUAGUGCAGUUGUCCCGCUCUAGCAUAGUGUCCGUACAGCGGACCCUAAUAUCGACCCCCUUGGACCCCCUCACCGAAGCGGCGCUCGAGUCCCUCAAGAACAUGAUACUGGUCAUGCACUCAGUGCGGAUAUUCAGUAACGCGGACGGCUACAACGACCUGUGGUACGUCACGUGGGAGAAGAUUGGAGAAUUCCUGCCUAACCUGAAAGAGGAGCUUUUCCCGGAAGCAAAAGACACCAAACCUACACAACUACCUCCCGCCCCUCCCAUCCCCCAAACCCCACUCCAAACCCCCUCCCCGACCCAAUCGCCGACGCUCCAGUCUUCGUCGCCCACCUUCCAGUCUUCGGCGUUGAACGGAGCCCCACAACUGGUCGCGCCGGUGCCGGUAAUGCCAGUUAGUGGCAUGGUACCUAUAAGGAACCCGCUGUAUGAUCAGACUGGUCUCAGCGCUUCGGUGUUACUACAGCCUUUGAAUGAGAUGGUCUCCACACCAAUAGGAAUAUCCCUUCAGUCACAAAUACCAACGCUCUACCGCGCCCCCGAGCAAGUACCACAACCGCAAGCGGUACCACAGCAGGUACCAGUUCAACAAGUACCACAACCGGUACCAGUUCAACAAGUACCACAACCGGUACCACAGCAGGUACCAGUUCAGCAAGUACUCCAUUCGGUACCACUAACGCAAGUUUUAUCACACCCGAUACCACCGGUACCACUUCAACCUGUUCAACCACAAGUACCACCCCAACCGGUACCAGUACCGUCCAAUCCGGUACCACCCCAACAAGUACCAUCUCAAGUACAAACUCCAAAUGACCCAAAGCCAUCAAUAAUCGACUUAAACUACGACAUAAUCGAAGUAACCAAAUUAAAACAAAGCGAACUAUUCGCCGAAUACAUGACCAACCCUUACAACGACACCACAAUAUCCCCUAAAGAAGCAACCCUAUACGACCCUGAGGACCCAAAACCGCUUUUAGAUAAAAAAUCUCUAAGCGCAAACGCGACCCCUAUGCAUGUAAAAAAUCAAACUCAAUUUGGCUCAACAGACAAUGUGACACAGAGCUUCAAUUUCACGAGUUACUUUGGUUCUGUGAACGAGUUGGUAACGCCGGGGUCCGAGGUUUUUGACAGUUUGACUGGAGACGGAUAGCUCGAGGACAUUGGGACUUGGUUGUAAGCUCAGAGCUCAGUUUAUGCCAUUUUCGAUUUAGUACGUUGGGUUUAGAGUCUAAUUUUGUUUGGCGAUUUAAAUUGUGUUUUGGCUAGUCUGUAUUACAAUUUGUUUUGUGCAAUAACUUUUUGGAAAUGUGUUAAACUUAAUACGAGAUAGCAACUUGACAAGAAUGUGUAAAUUAUCUAUUUAUUAUUGAUUUGUAUUCAUGUUUGGAACCUAGAUUAACAAUGCACUAAAGUCAUAAUUAAAAAUGACUUAAAAACAUGUUUUUUAAAUAAUAAUGAAUAAAUACGAGAGCUCUGUGAUUAGUUAAUGACACUAUAACUCGAAGCAUAACUUUUGUAAACCGUAUUCAUGAUGUAAAAAAAAUGGAAUCCGAAUUUUGCUAUUUAGGUAAUAAAGUUUAGUUUUGGUUGUGGUUAUUUGUUUAUGUAAAAUAUUAUUUUAUAUUAAUAUGGAUAAGGCUGCUGCUGUGGUUUAAUUUUCGACCUUACCUAACGGUAAUAAAGUAUAUAUAACUAUUUGUUGAUAAGUUUGCAAAAGUUAUGCUUCUUAGCAAUCUAAUCGUUAUUAGAAUAGUUGGGUACUUGUGACUCCGGCCUAGCAUAAAUAUGUAUUUACAUUUCUUUAUAAUAUUUACAUUCCAAGUAUUGUUUUUAUUUUGUUUUAUUAUUUAUUUAAAGCCAUCAGUACUAGAAAUAUACCUAAAACGAUAGCCGUAACGUCAUUGUAUAGUCAAAUGUUUUUGUAGAGAGAAAUAAAUUAUAACAACUUAAGCUGUUUUAAAGUUCAUUUCCAUACUUGGGCUGAUAUUUAUUUUUUUGUAGUAUUUUUUCAUCACUUAUAUUUCUAAUUUGGUUAUUUUGAAGAGCUCAUUUUGGGUGGAAUAGAUCCGAAAUCCCAAGAUGGACAAAAAAAUGUACCUGUGUAAUUUUCUGUUGUGUUACUAAAAUGCCAUACGUUUUGGGUAACAUUGCGCUGAUAGGUAUUGUACAGAAUAGGCAACCUCUAUAUAUCCACCAAAUAGGGAAUAUUACGCAAAACCUCUGCGUAGAGGACGCUACUAACGCAAACUGUCAAGAAACCGCCUUGAUGUCAUAUUAUUAUUUAUUUUUAACAAAUAAUCUGUGAAAACUGGUUCAAAAAUGUCUAUGGUUUACGGUUUGUGCUAGUGCUGCCUCUGGCGGCAGGACAUUGCAGUAUUACUCCCUAUUGUGUUGAAUUCUGACGAAAAAUAAAUGCAACAAAAUAAAAAUUGUCCCAAUCGACGGCAGAUAGCAGUCGCAUGUAGUAUAGAGAAUAUAGCUUGCGCUACGACAACGAGAGGCUUCGUGUCUCUCUAUCACUCUUCCAUAUUAGUGCGACAGUGACAGUUGCAUGUUCGGUACGGAGCGUAAACGAUUGGCAUGUUGGCUACGCACCCUGAGAUACAGAAUUCGCAUAUGUUACCAAUACUAUGUUAUGAAGUUAUUUCAUUUUUUCCAUACAAACCAGUAACAUCAGCUUACAGCGACAUCUGCCGUCGAACGUGGAACUGCACCUUUAUGUAAAAUUAACAUCAAACAGCUGAAGGGACGCUCUUAUUGAAAACAAAGCAAUUUGAACCUUCUGUACAUUAGAUACAUUUCAUAUUUAAGUGGCAUUGGCAGCGCCACACCGCACCGUGUGCUCGAUACCAUUGUAAUAUGGAAUGUAACUACUUUACAGAAGGUUCAAAUUCCUUUAGUUCUAAUAAAAUGCGCCCUUUUAUUUGAUGUAAAAAGUAGUCAAAGAAUUUAAUUUCCCAUUUCGUACCUUGUCACAGUGACAAUCAAUAUGGACGCUAGGGACCUCAUACCAUUGUCACUGCGACAAGGUAUCAAAUGGUACUGAAUUAAAUUCCUUCACCGUAUAGUUGAUUGGAUAGCUCAGCUCAGGCUCACUUAAUAACUAUUAGUAAACUUCUAUAGGAUUUAUAGUAUUAAUGUUUCACAGACUUCAGUACCAGGGUCUUUUUAGUAUGUAAAUUGUAAUUAAUCGUUUCGUUUUGUAUAGAGAGCUAUAUAUACCUGUCGAUGUAAUAUAUGUUUAACAAUUUAUUAAUAAAAGUGUUUAACAAUUUUA